GUGCAAGCAACGAGUACUAUUUUUUCGAGAAAACUUUAGAAGUUACGAAAGCAACAGAGAAUGCCUCGAUUACGAGCUUUGUGGACUGAAGUAAGCCUUCAGCAAGCCUUACAAGCUAUUUAAGAUGGCAUGCCCGUACUGCAAGCAUCGAGAGAAUACAGAAUCCCUCGCCGGACUCUACGAAACCAUCUUGCAACUGGAAGUAAAAAGAAAAAGUUGGGGCGUUAUAGCUUGUUAAACGCUGAACAAGAACGCGAAUUGUGUCAACGAAUUUUUAGGUUGGCAGAAGUUGGAAUGCCACUCACUCAAAGGGUUCUUCGAAGAAGUGUAUUUUCCUUUGCCGAAGAACAUUCUCCUAACCACGGAUUUUCUCAAACUACGAGGAUGGCUGGAAGAAAAUGGAUGCAUUUAUUUUAUCAAAGACAUCCAGAGGUUGUUCAAAGAAAAGCACAAGCUUUAAAUCCUGCAAGAGCACUAAAAUUAAACAGACAUAUCGUAACAGAUUAUUUUCAAAAACUUCGGAAGACUUUGGUAGAUUUUUCUUUAAUUAAUCGUCCACAAUGCAUUUAUAACAUGGACGAAAAAGGGUGCCGUUUGACGCUGCAUCACCAGCAAAAAGUCCUCACAAGGAAAGGGAUUAAAAGGGUGCAUCUAAUUGCACCAGAGCAUGCUGAAAAUGUGACCGUGGUUGCGUGUGGAAAUGCCUUAGGCCAAGCUAUUCCGCCUAUGAUACUUUUUAAAGGAGUUCGCCAAAAACCUGAAUGGAUUGAUUCUAUGCCUCCAGGAUCCGUCAUAGAAAUGACAGCUAAAGGAAGCAUGACCACUGCAAUUUUUAUCAAAUGGGUAAAACAUUUUUCUAAGUUUAAAGCACCUGGGCGUUGUUUGUUGGUGUUUGAUGGAGCUGCCUCCCAUUUAGAUGCCGGUAUUGUUGAAGUUGCUGAUGCUGCUGAAAUAUCGUUGUUAUGUCUUCCAAGUAAUACUACCCAUGAAUUGCAACCUCUUGAUAAAUCCGUUUUUCGCUCAUUCGAACAGUUUUGGGAUGAGGAGGUUUUAAAUUACUGGAUGCGUGAACCGGAUCGAAAAAUUACGAAAGGAAGAUUUGGAUACAUCCUUAGUAAAAUUUGGCCAAAAGCAAUGUCACCACAAAAUUUAAUGUCCGGAUUUCGAGUAACAGGGAUAUACCCGUUCAAUCCGGAUGCUAUUGAAGAGGCGGCCUUUGCACCUAGUCUAUUGACAGAAAAACCUCAAGAGAGAGCAGAGGCAGAGGAGGAUAAUCCUCUAACAGAUGACUCCGAAUUGUCAGACUCCGACGUCCUGCCGCUCUCGAUUUUGAGAAAUCAAGGAGAAAAUCAACAAGAGCAACGAGAAAAUCUUAGACCAAAUAAGACACCUGCUAAUUAUCAGCAAGUUAAUAUUUCACAUAUGGAACCAAAACCAUCAUGCUCACACUGGCCUGAAAAUACCGACAGAGAGCCUACACCAGAACCAUCUACGGAUGACUUACUGAAUUCUUCCAGUUUCUCGGAUUUACUCCCAACUCCUGAGAUCAAAACCUCAGAUAAGCCUAGACGCAAAGCAUUGAACUCAUCUGCUCAACUUGUUACCAGGGAUUUAUUCAAAACAAAUUUGUCAGCCACAAGUUCCAAAAAAGGCAAAACGAAUUUGUCUGCCAUAAACUCCAAAAAAGGCAAAACGAAUUUGUCUGCAACAAAUUUUAAAAAGGGUAACAUGAAAAUGAAUAAAAUAUCAGAUAAAAAGAAAAACGAAGCUAAAGAAUCAUGGUAUUGCUUCCUUUGCGACAGAGAUGAGGUAUUGGACAUGCGCAAAUGCUGUUUAUGCUCCGUCUAUGUGCACGAAGCGUGUGUCGGUCUAACCAAAGAAGAAAAGCUGCAGUUCGUUUGUCCUCGUUGCUCGUCUUAGACCAUUUUGAGUUAACAUCAUGUAUUAAAAUUAUUAUUAUUUUUUAGAAUGUUAAAGUUACUUUAAAAGUUGAAGUUUUAUUUUUUGUUAGUUUAUCAUUUUUUGUUCGUUUAUCAUCCCUUAAUAAAAAAUAUUUUUCUAAA